GAUAUUCUCUCCUAAAGUGUCACCAAAAUUUCUAUGCACCCAUUCUUCUCUGUUCUGUUCCUGUGUGGCUGAAGAAGAAAACUUUUCUUCCUCUCUCUUUCUCUCUGUUCAUUACUUCACGCAUAUAUUCCUUCAAAUUCAUUCAACUUUCUCUCAUCCAAUCCAAUCAACAACGCACCCUUCAUCUCUUCCCUUUCACUCAUUCUUUGAUCCCCUUUUUCUUCACGCCAACUCUCUCUUCUGGGUUUCUUUCAUUUUCAGAAUCUCAUUAUCACCUCACUGUGAUUAUCUUCUAAUUCCAAAUUGGUGUUUGGUUGCUGAGAAACUCCAAGAAAAAAAAAAUACAGCUUUUCCGUGUAUUGAUGAUCCUCUGUUCACUCAGAAAACUUUUCUCUUUUGUGUGUAGAGUCUAGUACCUCAGACUGCAUGACCCACUUCUGAAUUUUCUUUGUUUUCGUCGUCCUUCGUUAGAAAAGCUAUAAAAGACAAGAUUUUUUAAUCUGGAUCUUGUCUUCUUCUUUUUUUCCUUACUCAUACCAUAUUUUGCUUCAUUUUUUUUUUUUUUUACUUUGUUGAGACUUGAGAGUGUUGGAAAAUGUUGGGGACUGCUCUGCAAUUUGGUUGUGUUCGUGGUGAUGAUCGGUUUUACAUUCCGGUGAAGGCAAGGAAGAACCAGAACCAGCGUAAACCGGUUCAGAGAGAGAAGGGUGUUGGUGAAACUGAGAGAACUGAUUCAGUUUCAAAGAGGGAACUUGUUGCUUCUGAGAAUGGGAAUUCCAAUGAGUCUUCAUACUCGUUGAAGAAACCAUCUUCUUGCCCUUCUGUAGAGCCUGCUAGUAACAUUGAUAGGUUUCUGGAAUCCACAACUCCUUUAGUCACAGCUCAAUAUUUGGCCAAGACAACAAUGAGAGGUUGGAAGACUUGUGAUGUGGAGUAUCAAUCUUACUUUGCUCUUGAUGAUCUCUGGGAAUCGUUUAAGGAGUGGAGUGCGUAUGGAGCAGGAGUCCCUUUGGUACUUGAUCAAAGACAAUCUGUUGUGCAAUAUUAUGUUCCGUAUUUGUCGGCUAUUCAACUAUAUGGUCAAUCAGAUAAGAAGUCAAAUGCUAAGCCAAGGUACACCAGUGAAGAUAGUGACGGUGAUUACUGCCGAGAUUCAAGCAGCGAUGGAAGCAGUGACAGUGAAUUUGGAAAAAGGACUGAACUUUUUACAGCACAAAGAAAUAGUCACUAUCAUACAGGUGAUGCUUCGUUUCAAAUGAGCAGGCUAUCUGUACAUGAUCACAAUACAAUGCAAGAGGGAUUUUCUAGUGACGAUAGUGAAACUGGGAAUCCUAAAGAUCUUCUUUUUGAGUAUUUUGAUCAUGAUCCUCCUUAUAGCCGUGAACCUUUGUCUGACAAGAUACUUGAUCUUGCACGCGACUAUCCUAGCCUCAAGUCUCUAAGAAGUUGUGAUUUAUUACCGGCCAGUUGGAUGUGUGUAGCAUGGUAUCCUAUAUAUCGAAUACCCACCGGUCCAACAUUAAAAGAUUUAGAUGCCUGCUUUCUUACAUACCAUACACUCCAUACACCCUUGACAGGAAAUGGAGGUACUCAGGCCCCAAUUUUGGUUUAUCCAAAUGACAUUGAUGGCGGUGUGCCAAAGAUUUCCUUACCAACUUUUGCAAUGGCUUCCUAUAAGUUAAAGGGAUCUAUUUGGACACAAAAUGGAGUUAGUGAGAGUCAAGUAGUAAAUUCUCUCUUGCAGGCUGCAGAUAACUGGUUAAGGCUGCUUCAGGUGAAUCACCCUGAUUAUCAGUUCUUCGUAUCGCAUGGCACAUACAACAGGUGAAUCAAAUGAGAUGCCUUAAAUUUCUGUGUUCAUUGCUCUUUGCAAACUUGGUAUGGUCCUUCUAUCCAUCAAUCCAUCCAUAGAGACUGAUGAUGGAGUUGGGAUUUCUAAUGUGGAUUCUUGUUACUCAUUGCAUAAGCAGCACAAAAGAUGAGCUUGUCUCAAGUGAAGAAUGAAAUAGAGAUUGCUAAAGUAAAAAAAAAACAGAAAAAAAAAAGAUUGCUAAAGUGAAAAUUAAAAGAAAGAAAAGAGGUUUUGUAUGGAGAAAAACGGUCAAUAAGUGGAAGACCCUAAUGGAAAGGGAGUAAAAGCUAAAAUACAGCAAAAAAGGUUCACAGGGAAAGAAUAUAUGUGGGAUUAAGCUAGAUGGUCCCAGACUUUUUCAGCUAAAAUAAUGGUUGAGUUUUUAGACUUAAAUAUUUACUUGUAGUCGUGUUGUGAUUUUAGAAAAAAAAAUAAAAAUGGAAUGUGUAGAUUUUUCUGUGUAACAAGGUACAAUGUUGGCUCUAAGUCAGUGUAUCUGAUGAACACCUUGUUACUUGGUGAGAGGAAAUUAGAUGCUACUGUACAAUAUUCUACUACUUCAAAGUAAGUGUUGUGCCUAAAAUGGUAUUGUUUGGAAGAGUA